AUGUCGCAGCUUCUGUUGACAUUCAGGGAUGUGGCUGUGAACUUCACAUGGGAGGAGUGGGAAUGCCUGGACUCUGCUCAGAGGGCUUUGUACAUUGAUGUGAUGUUGGAGAAUUACAGCAACCUGGUCUUUGUGGAGAAGUAUUGCAAAUGUGAUUCUGUCCAUCACCAUGGGAAGGCUGAAAAGGAGUGUUGUCGUUGUAAUGUGCUUAGCAAAGUGCUUCAUGGCCCCUCCACGUGUGCACUUUAUAGAACAAGUGAAACUACGGACAACUACACAUGCAGUAACCACAGGGUUGCCUCUGUUGACUCAUCAAACCCAGGUAGACAUGAAAGCAUGCACACUGGAGAAGAACCUUGCCAAUCUAAAGACCGUGAGGAAUCUUUAAAUUUGUGUUCCAACAUUACUGAAGAUCAGAGAGUCAACACUGCAAAGAAAGAUCACAGGCAGGGAGAACAUGAUGACUCUUUCAGCUCUGCAUACAGGCUUUUGCAACAACCAAUCAGUAUCGGAGAGAAACCAUACGAGUGUGGGAUAUGCGGGAAAUGUUUCAGGACUGCCUCAUGCCUCAUUGAACAUGAGAGAAUUCAUACUGGAACUGAACCCUCCGAACUCAAUGCUUGUGAAAAAUCCUUUAACCAGUGUUCAAGUCCUACAGUACAUCAAAGUGUUCAUACUGGGGAGAAACAUUACAAAUGUAUGGAAUGUAACAAGUCUUUUACCCAGAGCUUACAACUUAAAGCACAUCAGAAAGUUCAUACUAGAAAGAAGCCUUGCAGUUCUCAGGAAUGUGGCAAAUCCUUUACCUGUUGCUCAGAUCUUAGAAGACAUGAGAGAAUUUAUACUGGACAGAGACCUUACAGAUGCUUAGAAUGUGGCAAGUCCUUUACCCAGGAAAUACAUCUUAGAACACAUCAGAGGGUUCAUACUGGAGAGAAACCUUACAAAUGUUUGCACUGUGACAAAUCCUUUACCUGGUACUCACAACUUAGAAACCAUCAGAGUGCUCACACUGAUGAAAAUGCUUACAAAUGUAUGGAAUGUGACAAGUCCUUUACACAUGACUCACAACUUAGAAACCAUCAGAGAGUUCAUACUGGAGAGAUAUAUUACAGUUGUCAGGAAUGUGACAAAUCCUUUACCAGUUGCUCAGAUCUUAGAAGACAUGAGAGAAUUCAUACCGGAGAGAGACCUUACAAAUGCAUGGAAUGUGAUAAGUCCUUUACCCGGGACACACAUCUUAGAACACAUCAGAGGGUUCAUACUGGGGAGAAACCUUACAAAUGUAUUAAAUGUGACAAAUCCUUUACCUGGAACUCACAAUUUAGAAACCAUCAAAGUGUUCACAUUGAGGAACAACCUUACAAAUGUAGGAAAUGUGACAAGUCCUUUACCAAGCUGUCACUUCUUAUAGUACAUCAGAGAGUUCAUACUAGAAAGAGACCUUGCAGUCCUAAGGAAUCAGACAUUUUUUUUACCAGUGGCACAAAUCUUAGAAAACACCAGAGAGUUUAUACUAGGGAGAAACCUUACAAACAUUCACAUUGUGACAAGUCCUUUACCCCGGGGCACACGUCUUAG